GAUCUCAGCUUUGAUUGUGGCAGAGCUCAGAAGAGGAAGCUGCUGCAGAGAUGAGCGUCUACAGCGAUGCAUCCACCGAGGACCUCAACGACGAGCUGGAGACUUUGGGGUGGUACCACUACGACCUGUCGCGCCACGCUGCCGAGGCCCUGCUGCUGUCCAACGGGACGGAUGGAAGUUACCUGCUCAGGAACAGCAAUGAGGGUCCAGGUUGCUUCGCCCUGUCGGUCCGGGCGAAGGACUCGGUCAAGCAUUUCCACGUGACACGCAGAAACAACGUCUACAUCUUUGGGUUCAACAUGUUCACUUCCCUCCAGGACUUCGUAAAUCACUUUGCAAACCAGCCUCUUCUGGGCAGUGAAACAGGAACCCUCAUCGUGCUGAAGAGUCCGUACCCCUGGCGGGUGGAGGAGCCAUCCAUCUACGAGUCCAUCCGAGUCCACACGGCGAUCCAGUCGGGCCGCACGGAGAAUGACCUGGUAGCGAGCGCUCCUUCGCUGGGAACAAAAGAAGGUUUUCUGGUGAAACAAGGUGCCUUUGUGAAGAACUGGAAACAGAGGUGGUUCACAUUGAACAGAUACGAACUCAAAUACUUCAAGGACAAAAUGUGUGAGGAGCCCAUCCGAACCCUGGACCUGAGAUCCUGUUCUGCAGUCCAGUUUGACUACUCUCAGGACAGAGUCAACUGCUUCUGUCUGGUGUUUCCUGAACGAACGUUUUAUCUCUGUGCGAAGACGGGAGUCGAGGCGGACGAGUGGAUCAAGAUCCUCCGCUGGAAACUAGUGAGUAUAAGCGCAGAACCGGGAGGGACCUGGGAUUAAAUAGCUGGAAGUCUGGAGUGAGAAAUGCUCGGAGAAGAUGCUAACAUGUUCCUUUGGACAUGUUGUCAUGCAGCCGAAAGAUCAGCUGUUGUUUGGAGUUAAAUCAACACAUCUUGGUGAGAAGAAGCUCCGCCUCCUGAUGCACCGUGUGUCCAUAUUUAAUAAAUAAUAACUCUGAAACUCCAAGCCGAUAGGUUUGUUUCAGACUCUUUGUCCGGUUAGAAUCCAAGUUGUAGAAGCCACAACAGCUGUCUGUUUGCUGCGGUGCUGAAAGGACAAGUUCAUUAGAGAAGAAUCAGUUUCAUUAAAACCUUCGUUAAAUAAUUCCUUUGUUUAUAUUUGGGAUUUUAGGUGUUGUGGAGAAAACUUGGAAGUCUUAAAAUGAUGUAAAACUCUGAAAUCCGUAUUUCUGAAGUGACUGAGAUCCAAGCUUUAAGCUGUAAAACCUGCAGAUCCUCGGAUGUAGACCUGAUGUAGACCUGUGGCAGGUCAGGACUCACGGACCAAGAUGGCGGCUGCAGACACGUCUGAACCCACCGGAGGGGGUUUCUAUGAAAUGCUCCAUGAAAAGCUUGCUGGGAAACGGAGGGACGUGCAACUGAGGGAAAGUUGCUCAUUACAACAUGCGUGUUUCAGCUCUGCAGACGUGUCGGAAGAACUUGUGCAACUUUACUUCCUCAUCAGUGAAACUGAGUAUUUGUACAGCAGAGCACAAAGCAGCUGGCCGACACCCAGCUGUGUCCAGGAAGCAGGUUUCCUGGUUUACAGACCAAUCAGAAGCUGCUGCUCCAUCCAGGUGGAAGAGUCAGAACAUGUAAUCAGAUUACUGAACACUUAGUUAUUCCUGCUGUUAUAAAACGCAGGUUCAGAUACUUCAGCCAGUUAAAGGUCAGAGAAAACGAGGGACUCUCCACACUGGGAUGUUCAUGAAAACAUUUUAUUUAAAAUAAACCUGUAAGACAUUUCUCUAAAAAUGCUAAUAAAUAUUUGACUUUUAGACAUUUUUCUACUUUUUCCUUUUUUUACAAGUAGAGGAAAAAGUGAAGCAACGAAAAACAAAGCGUGUUCCUGCCUGCUGCAUCCUUCCCAACAAGCCUCACUGGUUCAGCCUUAUUCUGACUGGACUGUCAGGAACUUUAACAUCUCACCUGCUAACUGAGUCUGAGAUGGAGAUCUGGGUCCCGGCAGGUUCAGUCCAGAACGGAACCUGCUGGGACAUCCACUCCUGGAAGAUCAUCAGCUGUCUGGGAGGUUUUCUUUCUCUGCAGGAUGAUGGAUCCAGGUAGUCUGAAAAUGACCUGAUAACCCUCCCAGACUGACGCUGUAGGGCCAUUCUGAUGUCUUUCCUCCGCGGCAUCGUGCUAACUGAAUGUUGCAGAACUGAACCUGGUGGAUUUAGUUUCUCACUGAUUCUGACUCAGCUGCUCAGUGGAGCCUAAAACUACUUUCAGCUCUACUCUUUCAGUGUUUCUGCUUUGAAAUUUGUUUGUUUGUUUCCAGUCCCAGAUAAGAAAAGGUCGAUGACAGACGUGGCGGCUGAUGCAGGAAAGAAGCUCCGCCUCCACAGAAGACGUCUAAGGAACCUGAACGUGGUUCCUGACCAACAUGGAUCUCGUUACUCCACAUUUAGUUGUUUAUGUUGUGACCAGAUGAGGGAGGACGUUUCCUCUGAAGACACAAACAUUGCUGAACUUUGUAGAACUGGUGUGUUUUUCUGUUACCGCCGUGGUUAAAUGGAUGUUUAACCCUUUAAUGUUUACACUAAGAAAAAAACUGGACAAGUGUUUCUUUGCAUUUUUUUUCAUUUGGACAAAAUAAUAAAAAUCUGUUUUAUAACGAGUUGUUGAGUUAAUAAUGUAAUAAUCAUAAUGUGAAACCAUAAUGAGAUUAAAUUUUAUGGACAGUAUGGAAUCAGGGGCUUUGCAUUACAGUGGAUCAAAAGUUAUUUAAGAGUUAGCAGGUUGUGAAGUUCUUGUUCUUCAUGUUUGGAGGUUGUGUGGAGGAGUAGAACUGGACUAAAGUGCUAGUUUUGUGGCUAAUCACAGGGAUGUUGACGCCCCAUGAGCUGUUGUGCGGGUGGGCUGCUCGCCUCAGCGCCUCUUCUUCUACUUUGGCAGCAACGGAACAGCUGCGGUGGGCUGACAGAGGCGUAGACACCUGGGCAUUUCAGGGGGGACACAGCCCCGUCCUGGCUGCAGUGGCCUUUCCCACCAGGAGGGUCACAGUUCAUUCAGGAUUUUAUCAUUUCAUCAUCAUUAAUCUGAUCAUUUUAAGACUGUUUUAAGGGUGAAAUAAACUGCCAAUAAAAAGAAUUCCAAAUCAGACUGAGCAGUUCAUCAUUCAUUCUGUCAGCAGUGGAAAUUUGUUACUGAAAAGACUACGUGGCAUUUGUGGCGUCCCCCAGGGGUCAGUGUUGGAGCCAAAACUCUUUGCUCUGUAUAUUAAUUAUGUAUGCAAGGUUUCCAAGUUAUUUAAAGUCAUUUUAUUUCCUGAUACUAAUUUU